UGCUGCCUGAGAGGGGGAAAAUCAGCGACUUAUCCUAGUGUUCCACGCUUUUCAGUCUCAACAGUCAGCACAGGAAUCUCUUGUUGGCUGCUCAACAUUUACCAUCUUGAAUUUUUGAACCAGGACAACAAAAACAUCCAACAAAAUGGCGGACGAUGAACAAAAGAAGAAACUUGAGGAGGAAAAGAAGAGGAAACAGUCCGAGAUCGAGCGCAAGAGGGCUGAAGUUAGGGCUCGUAUGGAGGAAGCCUCCAAGGCCAAAAAGGCUAAGAAAGGUUUCAUGACCCCCGAGAGAAAGAAGAAAUUGAGGUUGCUGCUGAGAAAAAAAGCUGCCGAAGAAUUGAAAAAGGAACAAGAACGUAAAGCAGCCGAAAGAAGGCGCAUCAUCGAGGAAAGAUGUGGUAAACCAAAAAUAAUCGAAGAUGCAAACGAAGAACAACUUAAAAGCAUACUCAAACAAUAUCACGACAGAAUCGCACAAUUGGAAAGCGCUAGAUUUGAUGUGGAAUAUCUAGUAAGCGUCAAAGACAUGGAGAUUGCAGACCUCAACACCCAAGUCAAUGACCUCAGAGGAAAAUUCGUGAAACCUACUUUGAAGAAGGUAUCCAAAUACGAGAACAAAUUCGCUAAACUUCAGAAGAAGGCAGCAGAAUUCAACUUCCGUAAUCAACUCAAAGUUGUCAAGAAGAAGGAGUUCACCCUAGAAGAAGAAGAUAAAGAGACUUCUCAAAAUGCUUCUGCAUCUCAAAAGAAAAAACCCGACUGGUCCAAAAAGGGUGAAGAUAAGAAGGAAGGUGAAGAACCACCCCAACCCCCACCAGCAGAAGGAGAUGCCAAAGCAGGGGAAACUCCACCAGGAGCUCCAGGUGAAGCACCUAAAGAAGGGGAAGCUGCACCCCCAGCAGAAGGAGAAGCACCUCCUGCCGAGGGAGCUGCUGAAGCUAAGCCACCUGCUGAAGGCGAAACUCCAGCUGAAGGACAGCCUCCCACCGAGGGUGAACAACCAAGUGCUGCUGAAGGGGAAGCUCCUAAGGAGGGAGAAGUCCCAGCAGAAGGGGUAGAGGCGCCCCCAGAACCACCUGCUGAACCAACAGGUUUCGAAAAGUUCAAAAAGAUUGUCACCGAAAAGGAUUACGACAUCAUCGCUCUACCAGAAGGUGUCAUUGCCCCAACUGACAAUAAAGAUGAUGUCAAUAUCCCCCACUAUUCUCUUGUGGAAAAGAGAAGGAAUAGUGGUGAAGGCGUUUUGCUUUACAUCAAAGAUUCUUUGAGAUACAAGGUAGUCGACUUGGCUACUGAUAAUACCGAAGGACACCCGAGCAUGGAGGAUUUGGUGGCUAAGCUAGAGAAAAAUGGCUUACAAUCUCCGACAAGUGGCGAAGUUCCUACAGACGCUGCCCCAGUGGAAGGUGCUCCUACAGAAGGUGCUCCAGCUGCAGAGGAAGGUGCUCCAGCUCCUGCAGAAGGUGCUACCCCCGACGGAGCAGUUGCGGAAGCAGGUGAGCCCAAACCUGAAGGAACUGAACCCCCAGCAGAAGCUGCCCAGCCAGCAACAGAAACUGUCCAACCCUCUGCAGAAGCUGGUGCUCCACAAGAAGCUACUCCAGCUGAACCAGCUCCACCUGCUGAAGAAUCACCUGCUGCUCCAACUGAAACAGCUGAAUCUGCUGAACCUGCUUCAGUUGAAGUACCAACAUCACCAAUGGUUGAAGCUGCUGCCUAGGAUGGGAGGAUUUGAAGGGAUUGCUACCUUAGAAACAUUUUCUCUUGUUUUUUAUUACUUAUUUAUUAGUUAAGAUGAGAAUUGUGGGAAUGCAAGAAUAAAUAUUUUUGAUUUA